AUGUCCAUGAAAGCUGUACCCGUCAUUUCUGGCGAUUCCCUUGUACUUCGUGGUCGUCCCGGGCCUCAGGGACAGCCUCCAAAAGAAAGGUGUGUUUCCCUUUGUCGUGUGAUGUCGACGUGUCUUGUGACGCCGUACAGGAUUCUCCAUCUUGCAGACGUAGGAGCACCUCGUAUGGGCUCCUCCACUAGGGAGGAUGAGCCUUGGGCGUUCGAGUCUCGCGAGUUCCUACGAGCCCUUGCCGUAGGAAAGGAAAUCUCAUUCACGUCUACACACUCUUUACCGCCCAACGACGAUAUGCCACGCGAUUUUGGCACAGCUGAGAUUGGCGGACUCGACGUCGCAUCAGAACUACUCAGAAACGGAUGGGCUAAAGUUAAAGAAAUCAAACGCGAACCUACUGACGAGGACGCGCGCAAACGCGAGCUUGAAAACGAGGCAAAAUCAGCUGGCAAAGGGCUAUGGAAUCCGCAUGGUCCCAAGGCCCGCGCGGUCCAUCACACAAUGCCUACCGACUCUCAAAGCUUUGUUUCUGAAUGGAAAGGGAAAUCAUUGGACGCUAUUGUGGAACAAGUCCGGGAUGGAACUACUCUACGGACGCGUCUGCUGAUGCCCGAUGGAGAACAUCAGAUCGUCAACAUCGCCUUGGCCGGCGUUCGUAGUUCCCGCGUUGCAAGUAAACCAGGAGAAAUUUCAGAGCCAUGGGGAGAAGAAGCCAAGUUUUUCACUGAGUCUCGCCUUCUUCAACGUCCUGUACGUGUUCAAAUAUUGUCUCUACCGACAUCAACUGCAACACCAUUCCAAAUUGGUGCCACUGGCAGUGCCCCCGCAACAGCCAGCAUUUUUAUUGGCCAAGUUCUACAUCCAGCCGGAAACGUCGCAGAAUUUCUAGUCGCAGCGGGGCUGGCACGCAUUGUUGACUGGCACGCCGGCAUGUUGUCGAGUAGCGGUGGAAUGGAACGGCUGCGCGCAGCUGAGAAAGUCGCAAAAGAAAAACGUGCAUGUCUGUACGCAGUCGCAGCACCUUCUACGUCGAAAAAUAACGCCGGCGCUGCGAACGGGAAUAACCGAGUAUUUGAAGCCACCGUAAUCCGAGUCUGGAACGGAGACCAAGUAUCGGUCGUUGAGAAGGAUACCGGCAAAGAACGGAAACUCCAGUUAAGCUCGACAAGAGGGCCAAAACUUGCGGAUCCCAAACAAGCCACCUAUGCCCAGGAAGCUAAAGAGUUUUUGCGUAAGAAGCUUAUUGGCAAAAAUGUUCGCGUCACGAUCGAUUUUGUCCGCCCUCGCGAGGGUGAAUAUGACGAACGUGAAUGCGCCACCGUUCGAUAUGGCAACCAAAACGUAAACGUAGCAGAACAACUGGUAGAGAAGGGGUAUGCCAGCGUCGUACGUCAUAAAAGAGACGACGAAGAUCGAUCAUCGGACUACGAUAAGUUAAUGGCAGCUGAACAGACAGCAUCUGCUGAAGCACGAGGUAUACACUCUGGGAAAGACAUUCCUCCUCCCAAGCAGCCGCUGAAUAUAUCCGAGACCCAUUCCCGUGCCAACCAAUUCCUCAACGGCUUCAAGAGAUUGGGUCGUAUACCCGCGGUUGUUGAUUAUGUUGCCGCGGGGUCGCGUUUCAAGAUCUUCCUUCCCAAGGACAACCAGACCCUGACUUUGGUCCUUGGUGGUAUUCGUGCACCCCGAACUGCACGGAACGCGUCAGAAAAAAGCGAACCGUAUGGCACCGAAGCCUUCGAAUUUGCGACACGUAGAUACAUGCAACGCGACGUUGAAUUCGAGGUGGAUACCAUCGAUAAAUCCGGUGGUUUCAUUGGUUCCCUGUAUUUGAACAAGACGGAAAAUGCCGCUAUUACACUCGUAAGAGAAGGGUUGGCUACUGUCCAUUCAUUUUCUGCGGAGGGUUUACCAUGGGCACGGCACUUGUAUGACGCUGAGGCUGAGGCAAAGGCGGCAAAACGUAAUCUAUGGAAGGAUUACGACGAAGCUGCACAGCAAGAAGCAGAGGCUGUCGUUGAGGACGACGGAUCAGAAGCUCUGAAGACCCAGUACCAGGAUGUCAUCGUUAGUGAUAUUCGGACAAAGAAUGGCUUUGGCUUUUCUGUGCAGAUUCUCAGUUCCGAAGGUAUCGCGUCGUUGCGUGAACUCAUGCGAGACUUUUCCGCCUACCAUCAGACCGCAACCGUCGUACCCGCUGGGUUCGUUCCGAAAGGUGGCGACCUAGUCUCAGCCAAGUUUUCGGAUGGCUCAUGGUACCGCGCAAAAAUCCGCCGAGCUUCGCCAAUAAAGAAGGAAGCAGAGUUGACCUUCAUCGAUUACGGAAACCAGGACACGGUAUCCUUUGCUAACAUCAGACCUCUUGAUGCUCGGUUCCGCAACUUGCCAGGUCAGGCGCACGAGGCGCGACUCAGUUUCGUGAAACUCGUCGACUCCAAUAGUGAUUAUUACACGGAGGCGAUUGAUCGCUUCCGCGCCCUAUGUGAAGGUCGCAAGUUGGUUGCCAAUGUCGAUCAGCAAGAAGGCGCGCUCCUUCAUCUCCGACUCAUAGAUCCCUUGGAUCCCGCUUCUGCCCAAGACCCCUUGUCAUGCAUCAAUGCGGAUCUUCUACGCGAUGGACUAGCCACGAUAGACCGCAAAUGCCGAUACUUGCAAUCAUAUCCACACCUCCUCAAGAAGCUUCAAUCUUCCGUUCAGGAAGCCAAACGUGAGCGUCUUGGCAUGUUCGAAUUUGGGGACGUCGAGGAAGACGACGAGUAA